GUAUUCAUAUUCUUAGGUACACUUUUUAAGUUUAUAUUCUACUUAGGUGCAUGAAAAAAAUUCGCUUUACUUACCUUCGGUCAUUAGGAAAGAUGGUGAAGUGGAAGGUGAAACUGCCGAUUUUUUCGAUAUUGACGAUAUUUAGUUUAACAUUUAAUCAUGGCGUAGCACGAGAGCCACUUUGCAACAUAUACAACUGCCGGUCGCCUUUUAAAUGUGACGAAGAAAAGAUCAAUGUUAUUUCGACCCGCCUGCAACUGAGAAUGGAGGUCCGAACUGUAACGAAAAUACGUGUCAACCACCUUUCCAGUGCGACCCCGAGACUGACAUCUGUUACAUGGUUCCAAAUGCUCCAACAGCAGAGUCAUUGUGCAACAAUUAUAAUUGUCCGCCGCCUCUCAAAUGUGACAACAAGACGGAUCAAUGUUACUAUAUUCCGCCCCAAGCCGAUGAUACAGGACCGGCUUGCAACAAACACACGUGCCACCAACCUUUCAGAUGCGACUUGAAGCAAGACAAAUGCUACUGGACACCAACGACGCCUGUCAUUCUUUCGACACAACCAACUCCUAUUUGCAACGAAAACUCCUGUCCGCGUCCAUACACGUGCGACGAGAGGCUCAACGCCUGUUACUUGGACGCUACUCCAACGACAUCGUCAACAACGUUCACAACAACGCCAACGUCGACACAAAAUACCACCGAUCAAUACAUUGAUUCUACCGCGGAUCACAGAGAAAGAGAAUGUAAUGCAGAAAAUUGUCAGUACCCAUUCCAGUGCGAUCCUGUGACAGAUUUGUGCUACUUCAUACCACCAACCGAACAUCCCCCAGUGACACCUGCCUGCAGUCCGCUUAACUGUCCUCCGCCUUUCAGAUGCGAUCCAAAAGAUGGUCUAUGCAAAUACAUGCACGAUAAGGACAAAUGGUGCAAGAAGGAGAAAUGUCCCAGACCAUUCCACUGUGACCGUGAGACUGAGCAGUGUCUCUUUACACCACCAAGAAAUCUUACAAAUCCAGACAAUUUGCCAUGCAAUCGGCAUACCUGUCCUAGGCCUUAUCAGUGUGAUCAGCAGGGACUGAACUGCCUAUUCUUGCCAAAAGGUUGCGAGGACGAGCAAUGCCCACCACCAUUUGCUUGCGAUUUUGGUUUUUGUGUCUAUCGUCCUCCUCCAUCUGCAGAUGGAAAGAAAAGAAGAUGUGACAAAAGGACUUGCGAACGACCUUCAUAUUGUGAUAAAUUGCGAGAUCUUUGCGUAUACGUGGAACCUGAUACAAUAGCAACAGAGACCCCAGGUACAACACCAGCUUGCAGCCUCAGAAACUGUCCACCACCUUUCAAGUGUGAUCCCAAAGACAUGAAGUGCAAGUACACUGACCUGCGGGCUACAACACCUAUACAUGAUACAAUUAUUGGAUGCCACAAAUACUGUCGGUAUCCUUUCCAGUGCGACAGACAAGAACGAUGCGUGUUUUUGGAGAGGAAGGUUGUUAUAUCUUCACCUGGAGGACAGGCAUGCAACGCAGAAUGGUGCCAGUUUCCAGCUGCAUGUAACCGAACAACAGGGCAAUGCGAAUGGAUCGAUGUAAAAAUUAAGCCUGAUCCGUACGAACCUGUCACACUUCCGACUUAUGUAUCCAAAGUCCGCUGUACAAAUUCAUGGUGCAAACCUCCAUACGAAUGCAAUAAAGAAGGAGUUUGCUUAAAAGAAGAAAUUGAAGUUGUCCCCCCACCACCUUUACCAAUACCAAUACCUCCAACUUGUGGUUCGUCUUGGUGUGUGGAGCCUCAUCAUUGCGACAACGCUGGCGAAUGUGUAGAUGAUCAUGGAAGCAGGAUACGACCACCUAUUUUGCCACCGAAACCACAACGAUGCGCCGAUUGGUGUCAGGAACCGCUGUCUUGUAAUCAGUUCGAGAGGUGCAUAAAAACAACACUUCUUACUCAGCGUCCACCGCUACCGUGUUCAACCUCGUGGUGUACAGAACCUUUCGUAUGUCAGGACGAUGCCACUUGUAUCAGAGAAACAAGAAAGGUCAUUCCGCUACCAUCAAGGCCGGCAGUAAGACAACCACCUUGUAUGCGUGGCUGGUGUAACCGUGGUUAUUCUUGCCGAGCCGACGGUACAUGCGCAAACGCAGCUGGGGAAAUACAACUACCGCCGAUGCCACCGACCCCACCACCACCACCAUGUCAAAUGUGGUGUCGACCACCCUUCGAAUGUGACGGUCAAGACUGCGUGCAGAUAGGCAUCGAAACCAAAUUACGACCAGAAGCAGAAGAAGAACCGUCCUGUUCACCGUCAUGGUGCCCACAACCACCUUACAUAUGUGAGAAUGACCAAUGCGUGUCGAUGUAUGGAAAAGAACAGCGUCCUCCUUCAGCUCCAAAAGCUUGCGACGAUGAGUGGUGUCUUCCACCGUUUGAAUGUCUGAACGGUAUCUGUGCAAUUAUCAUGAACAACACUUUGCACCCACCAACUACGCUAUCACCAUUCGCAUGCCCAAGCUACUGCUUUCUGCCUUAUGAAUGCACUUCGAACGGUCAGUGCGUCAAAAUAACAGAAAUUAUCAUUCCACCUCCUCCUUCAGGAAUAGCAUGUAGCAAGGAAUGGUGUAAAGACCCAGCUGAAUGUGAUUCAGAAGGUUUUUGCAAGUAUCUCAAAACAGAAGUACUACCAGCUCCACAAGAAAUAGUACCAGCUUUACCCCAUCAAAUUAAAUGCUCAAGUGACUGGUGUUUCAGUCCUUACGAAUGCAUCAACAACAAAUGCAUUAUGAGACAAUCAACCUGCAGCUCAGACUGGUGUACCGGAGAUCACUAUUGCAACUUUGAGAACAAAUGCGUGAAGUAUUUUACUGAAGAUAUUACUGGCACUGCUACAAUUCCACAACCUCCACCUACUAAAUGCGACCCAAGUUGGUGCAACUCCGGAUGGAAAUGUGUUAGCGACGAGUGCGUCUUUGCAGAUGUUGGAACAUCCCCAGGACCUCCGCCAACGCCUCCUCCUCCAAAAUGUGACACUAGCUGGUGCAAUGGUGGAUAUGAAUGCAACGAAGAAGGCGUGUGUGCUCUAAAGAUAACAGAAACAGUGACAACCCCAGAAAUAACCACAGUGUCGAAAGUACUAGAUGUAUGCGAAGGCAUCAACUGUCGCCAGAUUUUGAAUGCAUGCAAGGCAUAUGUGUCCAUCCUUCAACUAUUACUCAGUCACCAACGGAAACUGAGGAACUUCCUAAAUGCUCAAUUGACUGGUGUCUCAAUCCUUAUGAAUGCAUCAACAAUAAAUGUAUUCUGCCACUACCAACCUGCAGCUCAGACUGGUGUACCGGAGAUCACUAUUGCAACUUGGAGAACAAAUGCGUGAAGUAUUUUACUGAAGAUAUUACUGGCACUGCAACAAUUCCACAACCUCCACCUACUAAAUGCGACCCAAGUUGGUGCAACUCCGGAUGGAACUGUGUUAGCGACGAGUGCGUGUUUGUAGAUGUUGGAACAUCACCAGGACCUCCACCAACACCUCCACCUCCAGGAUGUAACAGCAACUGGUGCAAUGGUGAAUUUGAAUGCAACGAGGAAGGUGUUUGUAUGCUGAAGAUAACAGAAACAGUCACAACCCCAGAAACAUUCACAGUAUCGAAACAAUAGGUAAGCACUUACAUGCUUCAAAUUCAUUGUUCUAAGACAUCACUUCACCUUACCAUUUUUUUUCUUGAUAGUCGUGUAUCACCUGAUCUCCAUGAUUUGUUUUCCGCCUAAACAAACCUUCGCGGGUGAAUGAGUGUACAACAUAAUAAAAGAACGCCCUAUGCAACCACUGUAUCAAAUCUUAGUAGUGACGCUUAGAAAUAAAAUGAGGCAUCAAUGACACAAAUACAUCCUAUUCAAUAACUAUUGACAUUUGAUCUGACUUCUCUUUCUUUUGAACAGAUUUAUGCGAAGGCACCACCUGUUCACCACCUUUCACGUGCGUUGCGGGUGGAUGCGUGUACGUUUCUGCAACCACCACUCCUGUGCCCACUGCAUCAAACCUUGAUCUAUGCGAAGGCAUCACCUGUUCACCACCUUUCACGUGCGUUGCGGGUGAAUGCGUGUACGUUCCUGAAAUCACUACUCCUGUGUCCGCUGCAUCAAAUCUUGCAGAUCUAUGCGAAGGCAUCACCUGUUCACCACCUUUCACGUGCGUUGCGGGUGAAUGCGUGUACGUUCCUGAAAUCACUACUCCUGUGCCCACGGUAUCAAAUCUUGAUCUAUGCGAAGGCAUCACCUGUUCACCACCUUUCACGUGCGUUGCGGGUGAAUGCGUGUACGUUCCUGAAAUCACCACUCCUGUGUCCGCUGCAUCAAAUCUUGAUUUGUGCGAAGGCAUCACCUGUUCACCACCUUUACGUGCGUUGCGGGUGAAUGCGUGUACGUUCCUGAAAUCACCACUCCUGUGUCCGCUGCAUCAAAUCUUGAUUUGUGCGAAGGCAUCACCUGUUCACCACCUUUCACGUGCGUUGCGGGUAAAUGCGUGUACGUUCCUGAAAUCACUACUCCUGUGCCCACGGUAUCAAUCUUGAUCUAUGCGAAGGCAUCAUCUGUUCACCACCUUUCACGUGCGUUGCGGGUGAAUGCGUGUACGUUCCUGAAAUCACCACUCCGUGUCUGCUGCAUCAAAUCUUGAUUUGUGCGAAGGCAUCACUUGUUCACCACCUUUCAUUCACGUGCGUUGCGGGUGAAUGCGUGUACGUUCUGAAAUCACUACUACUCCUGUGCCCACGGUAUCAAAUCUUGAUCUAUGCGAAGGCAUCAACUGUCCACCACCUUUCACGUGCAUUGAGGGUGAAUGCGUGUACUUUCCUGAAAUCACUACUCCUGUGCCCACGGUAUCAAAUCUUGAUCUAUGCGAAGGCAUCACCUGUUCACCACCUUUCACGUGCGUUGCGGGUGAAUGCGUGUACGUUCCUGAAAUCAGCACGCCUGUGCCCC